AUGAUAAGGUGCCAACCCAGUGAAGACAGGAAGGCAAUUCAGGACAUUUUCACUGUAGAGGAGUCCGGUGAAGAUGUUCUGCUGGUCUCAGAUUCGGACGAGGAACAUCUGCCUGUGGACCACAGAAGCAUUCAAGGCCAAAGAAGUUCUAGAAUGAAACUCCUGCAUGCUGAACCUGAUGCUCCUGCCUCAGAGGGUCAAGCUGAUAUUGCAAUUGUUGGCCAGUAUGGACCACAACAAUCUAUUCGUAUCAUUAAAGGAAAGUCUGUUACAUCUUAUGCAUCCAGCACAUCCUCCUUGGAAACCAUACCCGAAUCGCCAGCGACAUCAUCUUUGCAGGGCUUUGAGUCUGUGGAGCAGAUAGAGGAGGUGGAGCAGGUGGGUGAGGAGGAAGAGGCGGACCAGGUAGACCAGAAGGACCAGGAGGCCCUCUCGUCCUCCAGUGACUCUGCUGAUGUCGGAUAUCAGUCACAACUGCCACAGUCCAUCAUAUGGUACAUCAACAGACGGGAGGUGGAGCUGAUGAAGAAGUUCCAGCAGCAUGUGGAGGAGAUGACGCAGAUGCUGCAGGGCGAGAUCCACAACCAGAGCCACGCGCUGGAAACGUUGAAGGGGCAGCUCCAGGCAAUGCAGGAUUCCGAGUUCCAGAUGCAGCCGUCUUCCUCACGCCACAUUCACGGUCCUGAGCCCCAGUCUUUGGAGCCAGUGCCCAAGAAGCAAUGCACUGAGCUGAGGAGCAGGUCCUUCCCAGACCCCAGGGAGGCCAAGCAUUUCUGUGCCUCAUGUUCAUCUCACCCCUUCCAGUUCCCUGAGGAGCUUAAGCAGGCCUGUGUUGCCUCUUUCCAGCAGCCCGCUCAGGAGCUGGUGCAGUGCCUGCCACAGCAGGAGGUGAGGCCGCAGGAGCAGUCACAGCAGCAUGUUACUGUGGAAAACCCCGUGCUGCAAAUUCUCCUGCCAGGCGAACCUGACCUCUCCUUGCCCCUCGAUAGCACCCAAAUGUUUAUGCCGGCUCAGCCCGUCACGCUUCCUAUCCAAGUAGUAGCUGAGCAACAGCUCUCCAGCCACCCUCAUGGUGAAAACCCUGAGGACCAGGAAGACAGGAGUCGUGGUUUUCUUCCUGAGGGCCAGGUGAUUUCUUCUACCGUCAUCCCUCAGCUUCAGAUAAGUUCUAACUCAAGCUUAGUCACGCUGCAGAUCCCAGAGGAUUACAUGCAACUUUGGCAACAGCCACAGGACCCACAGCAUCACCUUUACCUCCAAGUUAAUACUUGGCCUUCCAGUGAGCAGGUCGCCCUGCAGGACCAAGUUACCUGGAUCCAGCAGGCACUAACCCCUGAGGCAGAAAUCCAGGGCUCUUCAGGUCUACAGACUUUCCAAGACCAGGCGGAAUAUGAGCCAGACCAGAUCUGCUACUUCAUGUCUGGAGCGCAGUCCAACUUGCACGAGUAGCGGCACC